GAAAAAAGAUCGUUGGCAUAUUAGUGUCGUCUCAUUUUCUUGGUGAGUAGGUGAGUGACCCAGAAAAAUAUAAAGAACUAAUAUAAUCUAAACCCUUAAUCUAUUUAUUAACGGGUCUCCAGUAGUCUCUCAAUUUUGAUCGCCUGAGAGAGAGAGAGAGUGAGAGAGAUGGAGGAGGAUGAGGGAAGGUUAUGCAGGAGGUGCAAACAAAGCUACAGUCCUGCCUCCAACACUCCUUCCUCAUGCCGCUUCCACCCUUCUUUCUUCGUCUGUCGCCGUCAUGACGACCAGAAAAGGUACUAUGAAUUGGGACCCAAAGAUCCGCCGUACGCAGCCAAGUUCUAUGACUGUUGUGGGGCUGAGGAUCCUGAGGCAUCCGGUUGCACUACCAGUUUCCAUGUUUCAUAUGAUGAUGAUUGAUGUAAUAUCUCUCUUUCUUCAUUUCAGUCUUGCACUAUAAAAAUAAAUCUGUACAUAUCUCCAGUAAUCUCCUCCAUUAUAUAUACUAAUUUUGAUAUGUAAUUGGGUUUCUUAAUGUCUUUGCAUGUUUCAUGAGAGUCAUAGGGUUGUGUAGUUUAGGCACGUCAAUUCUAUUGCUGCUGGCUAGUUGUGUUGUGAAAUAAAGUUAGACAAGACGUCACUAUUCUAUGAUGAAACUGCCGAAAAAAUGUGAGAACUUUCAGUUGAGAGAUUUGGCCCAGAUGAUAUCAGCAGCAGCAUGUGGCUGUGUAUCAAGUAGAAGAAAAACAAAGUAAUGUAAAGAGAAAAGAUAGUGCAAAAUAUAUGACAAAAUCAUCAGGCAGGAAGGAGGGAGGGAGGGAGGGAACUUCAGUUGAGGCGUUGAGGCUCUCCUCUCCUCAUAGAGAAGACAUACUUCAUACGUGUCGUCUUUGCUUCUUGCAACUACCUACACCAUUUGUUCCUCUUCGUUUCUGCAAUUUUGUGCCAUUUUCAUGAUUUGAUUUGAUCCCACCCAACCACCCAUGUGGAUGACAGUUGUUGUUUUUGCUUUCUAAUUUCUUGUAUGAUAGAUUUUGGAUCUUCUUUCCUUUUCCUUUUGCUUUUUCUUUUUCUUUUUCUUUUUCCUAACUCUGAUUAUUCAUUCCAAUUUUUGGA